ACGCCUGGACCCGCCGGUGGGUGGAAUCCAAGCACAAACCUGACUACGGGCGCUUCGUGCUCACCGCCGGCAAGUUCUACGGCGACGCCGAGAAGGACAAAGGGAUCCAGACGAGCCAGGACGCCCGGUUCUACGCCCUGUCGUCGCGCUUCGAGCCCUUCAGCAACCGCGACAAGACGCUGGUGGUGCAGUUCACCGUGAAGCACGAGCAGAACAUCGACUGCGGCGGCGGCUACGUCAAGCUCUUCCCGGCCAGCCUGAGCCAGGAGGACAUGCACGGCGACUCCGAGUACAACAUCAUGUUUGGCCCCGACAUCUGCGGCCCUGGCACCAAGAAGGUUCACGUCAUCUUCAACUACAAAGGCAAGAACGUGCUGAUCAACAAGGACAUCCGCUGCAAGGACGACGAGUUCACCCACCUGUACACGCUGGUGCUGCGGCCCGACAACACCUACGAGGUGAAGAUCGACAAUGCCCGCGUGGAGUCGGGGAGCCUGGAGGAGGAUUGGGAUUUCCUGCCCCCCAAAAAGAUCAAGGACCCCGAGGCCAAGAAACCCGAUGACUGGGAUGAGAGGGCCAAGAUCGAUGACCCCGAGGACACCAAGCCUGAGGACUGGGACAAACCCGAGCACAUCCCCGACCCCGACGCCAAGAAACCGGAGGAUUGGGACGAGGAGAUGGACGGGGAGUGGGAGCCCCCUGUGAUCCAGAACCCCGAGUACAAGGUGAGGCCUGGGGGCCGCAGGGGGGGCUGG